AUGGCGUCCGUGACAGAAACUGGCCAUGUCGGAAAUCUCACCACGUCCGAGGAGGAGAAGCUUCGGGAAUUUUGGAGAAUGUUAAUUCAGUCUUGGGAUGAAGAAGUACCCAGCCCCGAUGGAGCCUCAGCAGUAAACCCCGACAGCGCGCCCAAGGCUAAUCGAAGACUGUUCUCCCUAAGUCGGGCACCGGCAGAGCCCACCGAGUCAGAGACAUCGGCCAUCCCAGCUAAACUGUUGACUACCGUCAAAGGCUUGAACGCAAGCCCAAUCGAGACGAAGACUAUCCAGACACUCCUAUUGAAGCUUCCAGGCGAUAGGCUUCGGUCGGCGCUUCUGGCUCUAUUCAAACAAGACCACCCUGACGCUGUUCUUUUGCGCUUUCUUCGAGCAGAAAAAUGGAAUAUCCCCAAAGCGUGGAUCAAGUUGGUCUCGGCUUUGAACUGGCGGGUCAAUGAGUAUAAAGUGGAUGAAGAAGUUUUGGCAAAGGGUGAAGCAUACGCACUUGAACAAUCGCAAAUGGAAACACAAUCAUCUGCCAAAAAGGAUGGGGAGGGUUUCAUACUGCAGGCCACCACCGGAAAAGGUCACUUCCAUGGCUGUGACAAAAUGGGUCGACCAAUUUGUGUUGUUCGAGUACGAGCUCAUGACCCAAGCACUCAGACUCAAAAGGCACUGAAUGAUUUUAUUAUCCAGUGCAUUGAGACUGUUCGACUUCUUCAGGUUCCGCCCGUGGAAUCUAUGGCGAUUGUUUUCGAUCUCACUUCAUUCACGCUUGGAAAUUGGGAAUUCCCGCCAGUGAAGUUUAUCAUCGACUGUUUCCAGGAGAACUAUCCCGAGUCUCUUGGGGCGAUGAUCUUCUAUAACGCCCCUUGGAUCUUCAGCAGCUUCUGGAAACUGAUCAACGGCAUACUUGAUCCCGUAGUUGCCGCCAAAGUACAUUUUAUCACUGGCGCCAAAGCUCUUGAAGAACUGAUUCCUCGCGAGCAUAUUUUGAAGGAACUUGGUGGAGAGGAAGAUUGGGAAUAUGAAUACGUGGAGCCUGUCGCCGGCGAAAACGACAAAUUGGCCGAUAUCACCGCGCGGGAUGUCAUUCUCACAGAAAGAGAUACCAUUGGUGCUAGACUUUUUAGUCUAACCACACAAUGGAUUGCAGAUCCCAAGACAGACUUGGAAAGCCGAAAUCAGACCGUUGACAAAUUACGACAAAACUACUGGGAGCUUGACCCUUACGUCCGAGCCCGGACUGUUCUGGAUCGAACAGGGGUCAUCCAAGGCGAUGGAACUGUGAAUUUCUAUCCUGUCGUGAAAAAUGCGAUUAGUGCAACCACAGACGAGACCACGGAGAAGCGAAUGGGAGAUUUGAAAGAAACUCCAGCUCCGGUAGCUGUAUGA